AUGUCUGGCUAUAAUUACGCUGUGCUGGCAAUUCGGCGCAGCCUGGCGCCUAGCCAAAGAACAGGCGGAUGCAUCAAAGCAAAGCAUGCGUUUACGCCACCGCUUCUCAAGAAAAAUAAACGCGCCUGUCAACAGGAGCUGGAGCAGCGGCAAAGGCAAAUCGCACUGCGAGAUUCCUCAAAUGUGGCUCAGCUGCCGUUACCCAUAAGAUUCACAGCCAAUAGUGAGUAUGAGCUGGCAAUUGCCAAAGUGCUGGCACGCAAGUUUAAGGUGCCCAUAGCCAAUUAUGUGCCUGACUAUGGUGGCAGCCGUACUCUGGGAGUGCGCAGGACAAUUGUGCGACGCGCUCUACACGAUCCGCAGGGAUGCAAUGCGCUGGUGCUGUAUACACCGCCUGCCUACACGGAUCACGAGCGCAUGUCUAUGGAUCCGAGCGACAUCUUAGUGCAUGUAGUGGUGGAUCCCAUACUGACAAAUGUACUGCGUCCGCAUCAGCGUGAGGGUGUGCGUUUUAUGUACGAGUGUGUAGAGGGCAAACGUGGCAACUUCAAUGGUUGCAUCAUGGCCGACGAAAUGGGCUUGGGAAAAACGCUGCAAUGCGUGUCGCUAGUGUGGACACUGCUGCGCCAGAGUCCACAAUGCAAACCUACCAUAAGCAAAGCCAUAGUCGUGUCACCCUCUUCGCUAGUGAAAAAUUGGGAAAAAGAAUUUACUAAAUGGCUCCAGGGACGCAUGCAUUGCCUGGCUAUGGAGGGUGGCUCCAAAGAGGACACAACACGCACUUUAGAGCAGUUCGCCAUGAACACUGCCACGCGCUGCGGCACACCCGUUCUGCUGAUCAGCUACGAAACGUUUCGUCUGUAUGCGCCCAUACUCUGCAAAACUGAGGUGGGCAUGGUUAUCUGUGAUGAGGGCCAUCGCCUAAAGAACAGCGACAAUCUUACCUACCAAGCGCUCAUGGGAUUGCGCACCAAGCGACGUGUGCUGCUUUCCGGUACGCCUAUACAAAACGAUCUAACGGAAUACUUCAGUCUGGUGAACUUUGUAAAUCCCGAAAUGCUGGGUACUGGUGCUGAAUUCAAGCGUAACUUUGAGAAUGCCAUUUUGCGUGGACAAAAUGCUGAUUCGACGGAUUCAGAACGCGAGCGUGCGCUGCAAAAGACACAGGAACUAGUUGGACUGGUCAAUCAGUGCAUUAUAAGACGCACUAAUCAAAUUUUAACCAAGUAUUUGCCAGUUAAGUUUGAAAUGGUAGUGUGCGUUAAAUUAACUGAAAUACAAUUGGAGCUCUACAACAACUUUCUUAAAUCGGAGAAAGUGCGUCGUAGUUUGGCAGAUUGCACAGAGAAGGCUUCGUUAACUGCUUUGGCAGAUAUUACCACGCUGAAGAAGCUUUGCAAUCAUCCAGAUUUGAUAUAUGAAAAGAUUGCUGCACGCGAGAAAGGCUUUGAGAACUCGCAGCAUAUAUUGCCAGCCAACUACAAGCCCAAAGAAAUUAAUCCUGAGCUGAGUGGCAAGUUUAUGCUUCUGGACUUUAUGCUGGCUGCCAUACGCGCCAAUAGCGACGACAAGGUGGUACUCAUUUCCAACUACACACAGACGCUGGAUUUGUUUGAGCAGCUGGCGCGCAAACGCAAAUAUACUUUUGUGCGUUUGGAUGGCACCAUGUCGAUUAAAAAACGGUCUAAGGUUGUCGACAGAUUCAAUGAUCCUAGCACAGAUUGCUUCCUCUUCAUGCUUAGCAGUAAGGCAGGCGGUUGUGGGUUAAAUUUGAUUGGCGCCAAUCGGCUGUUUAUGUUUGAUCCGGAUUGGAAUCCAGCCAAUGAUGAGCAGGCAAUGGCGCGAGUCUGGCGUGAUGGACAAAAGAAACCCUGCUAUAUUUAUCGUCUGGUGGCGAGCGGCUCUAUUGAAGAGAAAAUUUUGCAACGCCAAACGCAUAAGAAAUCCCUUUCCAGUACAAUUAUAGAUAAGAAUGAGUCAGCGGAAAAGCAUUUUACACGCGAUGAUCUGAAAGACUUGUUUAGCUUUGAGACCAAUGUGUUGUCGGAUACGCACAAUAAACUCAAGUGCAAGCGUUGCUUUGACAAUGUGCAGCGUCAUUCACCGCCAGAAAACACAGAUUGCACCUCGCAUUUGUCACAGUGGUUUCAUUGCUCCAAUAACCGUGGUCUACCAGACAGCAUACUCUCUCAAGCCUGGACGGCCAGCAAGUGUGUUUCAUUUGUAUUUCAUCAUCGCUCUCAAGGCGAGGCAAAGUCAACAGAGCUGACAGCUCCGCAGCCAACUGUCAAGCAAAAAAAAAAAAAAUCUGCGCCCAAUAGCGGUGAUGAGGACCAUAACUAUGACCCCGAUAGCAGUGCAGAAGAAUUUUUGGGAUUCUAGGCAGUUUCAAUAGAA